UGGUGGGCGUGGCUUAAAAGGUGACGGUCUGAAGGGACGGGGCCGGGGCUGGCGGGUACCGGGAGAAGCAGACACGGAGCGAGGAGGAAGCCUCAGGAGCCGCCGGUGAUUCUUAGAAACCUCAAGUCACGAUGUCUCAGAGAGUGGGGCAGGAUGACCCCGAGCGAUACCUCUUCGUGGACCGCGAUGUGGUCUACAAUCCAGCCACUCAAGCCGACUGGACCGCCAAGAAGCUGGUGUGGGUGCCAUCGGAGCGGCACGGGUUCGAGGCGGCCAGCAUCAAGGAGGAAAAAGGAGACGAGGUGGUGGUGGAGCUCGCCGAGAACGGCAAGAAGGCCAUGGUCAACAAAGACGACAUCCAGAAGAUGAACCCGCCGAAAUUCUCUAAAGUGGAAGACAUGGCGGAACUGACGUGUCUUAACGAGGCUUCUGUGUUACAUAAUCUGAAGGACCGAUACUACUCGGGGCUCAUCUAUACGUACUCCGGCUUGUUCUGCGUGGUGAUCAACCCCUACAAGAACCUCCCCAUCUACUCGGAGAACAUCAUCGAGAUGUACCGCGGCAAGAAACGCCACGAGAUGCCGCCACAUAUCUACGCCAUAUCGGAGUCCGCCUACCGCUGCAUGCUGCAAGAUCGUGAGGACCAAUCAAUUCUUUGCACAGGUGAAUCCGGUGCAGGGAAGACGGAGAAUACCAAGAAGGUCAUCCAGUAUCUGGCACACGUCGCCUCAUCACACAAGGGGAAGAAGGACCACGCCAUUCCUACGGAGUCCCCCAAACCCAUCAAACAUCAGAGUGGAUCCUUGUUGUAUGGCGAAUUGGAACGUCAGCUGCUUCAAGCCAACCCCAUCCUGGAAUCUUUUGGAAAUGCCAAAACCGUGAAGAACGACAACUCUUCCCGCUUUGGAAAGUUCAUCCGCAUCAACUUCGAUGUGACGGGUUACAUCGUCGGGGCGAACAUCGAGACCUAUCUGCUGGAGAAAUCUCGAGCGAUUCGGCAAGCCAAGGAUGAGAGGACCUUCCAUAUCUUCUACCAGCUGCUGGCCGGCUCCGGGGAACACCUCCGAUGUAAGCAGACCGAUCUUCUUCUGGAAAGCUUCAACAACUACCGCUUCCUGUCCAACGGCAACGUGCCGAUCCCCGGCCAACAAGACAAGGACAACUUCCAGGAGACCAUGGAGGCCAUGCACAUCAUGGGCUUCUCUCACGAUGAAAUCCUCUCCAUGCUGAAGGUGGUGUCCUCCGUCCUGCAGUACGGGAACAUCGUAUUCAAGAAGGAGAGGAACACAGACCAGGCGUCCAUGCCGGAGAACACAGCCGCACAGAAACUCUGCCACCUGCUGGGCAUGAACGUGAUGGAGUUCACCCGCGCCAUCCUCACCCCGCGCAUCAAAGUGGGCAGAGACUACGUACAGAAGGCACAGACUAAGGAGCAGGCGGAUUUUGCGAUGGAAGCUCUGGCCAAAGCGACGUACGAGCGCCUAUUCCGCUGGCUGGUCCACCGGAUUAACAAAGCUCUGGACCGCACCAAACGCCAAGGAGCCUCCUUCAUCGGAAUCCUGGACAUCGCCGGCUUCGAGAUCUUCGAGCUGAACUCCUUUGAACAGCUCUGCAUCAAUUACACCAACGAGAAGCUGCAGCAGCUCUUCAACCACACCAUGUUCAUCCUGGAGCAGGAGGAGUACCAGCGGGAGGGCAUCGAGUGGAACUUCAUCGACUUCGGCCUUGACCUCCAGCCCUGCAUUGACCUCAUCGAGAGACCAGCCAACCCUCCCGGAGUCCUGGCUCUGCUGGAUGAGGAGUGCUGGUUCCCCAAAGCCACAGACAAGACCUUUGUGGACAAGCUGGUGCAGGAACAAGGAACCCACUCCAAGUUCCAGAGGCCGCGGCAGCUGAAGGACAAAGCCGAUUUCUGCAUCAUCCAUUACGCCGGCAGGGUGGACUACAAGGCCGAUGAGUGGCUCAUGAAGAACAUGGACCCUCUGAACGACAACGUGGCCACCCUCCUUCACCAGUCCACAGACAAAUUUGUGGGCGAGCUCUGGAAAGAUGUAGACCGUAUCGUGGGCCUGGAUCAAGUGGCGGGAAUGACGGAGACGGCGUUCGGAUCCGCCUAUAAGACGAAGAAGGGAAUGUUCCGCACGGUGGGGCAGCUGUACAAGGAGUCCCUGACCAAGCUGAUGGCGACGCUGCGGAACACCAACCCAAACUUUGUGCGCUGCAUCAUCCCCAACCACGAGAAACGCGCCGGGAAAUUGGACCCUCAUUUGGUGUUGGAUCAGCUGCGGUGUAACGGGGUUCUGGAAGGGAUCCGAAUCUGCCGGCAGGGAUUUCCCAACCGGAUUGUCUUCCAGGAGUUCCGGCAGAGGUAUGAAAUCCUCACCCCCAACGCCAUUCCCAAAGGAUUCAUGGAUGGGAAGCAGGCCUGCGAGAGGAUGAUCCGGGCGCUGGAGCUCGACCCAAACCUCUUCCGAAUCGGGCAGAGUAAGAUCUUCUUCCGCGCGGGUGUGCUGGCGCACCUGGAAGAGGAGCGGGACCUCAAGAUAACCGACAUCAUCAUUUACUUCCAAUCCGUUUGCCGAGGAUACCUGGCCAGGAAGGCCUUUGCCAAGAAGCAGCAGCAGCUGAGCGCCUUGAAGGUGUUACAGCGGAACUGCGCCGCCUACCUGAAACUGCGCCACUGGCAGUGGUGGCGACUCUUCACCAAGGUAAAGCCCCUUCUACAAGUGACCCGACAGGAGGAGGAGCUGCUGGCCAAAGACGAGGAGCUGCUGAAGGUGAAGGAGAAGCAGUCGAAGGCGGAGGGGGAGCUGGUGGAGAUGGAGAGGAAACACCAGCAGCUGGUGGAGGAGAAGAACAUCCUGGCCGAGCAACUCCAGGCGGAGACGGAACUAUUUGCAGAGGCCGAGGAGAUGAGGGCCCGUCUGGCGGUCAAGAAACAGGAACUGGAGGAGAUUCUGAGGGACAUGGAGAUCCGAAUGGAGGAAGAAGAGGAGAGGAAUCAGGUUCUGCAGAACGAGAAGAAGAAGAUGCAGUCUCAUGUCCAGGAUCUGGAGGAACAGCUGGAUGAGGAAGAGGCAGCCCGACAGAAGCUACAGCUGGAGAAAGUAACAGCGGAAUCCAAGAUAAAGAAGAUGGAAGAAGAUAUCCUUCUACUAGAGGACCAGAACUCCAAGUUUGUGAAGGAGAAGAAGCUUAUGGAGGAGAGGAUAUCGGAGUGCAGCGCACAGCUAGCGGAGGAAGAGGAGAAAGCCAAAAACUUGGCCAAGCUGAAGAACAAGCAGGAGAUGAUGAUUACGGACCUUGAAGAAAGAUUAAAAAAGGAGGAGAAGACGCGGCAGGAAUUGGAGAAGUCCAAAAGGAAGCUGGACGGGGAGACCUCCGACCUCGCGGACCAAAUCGCUGAGCUGCAGGCCCAGAUCGAAGAACUGAAAUUACAGUUGGCCAAAAAAGAGGAGGAGCUGCAAGCUGCUUUAGCCAGGGGAGAUGAGGAGGUGGUGCAGAAGAACAAUGCUCUGAAGCUGGUGCGGGAGUUACAGGCCCAGAUUGCAGAGUUACAAGAAGACUUGGAGUCUGAAAAGGCUUCCCGGAACAAAGCGGAGAAGCAGAAGAGGGACCUGAGCGAGGAGCUGGAGGCACUAAAGACGGAGCUGGAGGACACUCUGGACACCACAGCUGCCCAGCAGGAACUGAGGACCAAACGUGAGCAGGAAGUGACUGAGCUGAAAAAGAGCAUUGAGGAGGAAACCAAAAACCACGAGGCUCAGAUCCAGGAAAUGAGGCAGCGCCAAGCCACCGCCCUGGAGGAGUUAUCUGAACAGCUGGAGCAGGCCAAGAGGCUCAAAGUGAACCUGGAGAAGAACAAGCAGAGCCUGGACUCUGAGAACAAGGAGCUGGUCGGUGAGGUGAAGGUUCUUCAGCAGCAGAAGUCGGAGUCCGAGUACAAGAGGAAAAAACUGGAGGGUCAAGUUCAAGAGUUUCACGCCAAGGUGUCCGAGGGGGACAGGCUGCGCGCCGAGCUGGCAGAAAAGACCAGCAAACUUCAGAAUGAGCUGGACAACGUGUCAACCUUGCUGGAGGAAGCUGAGAAGAAAGGGAUUAAACUGGUCAAGGACGUCACUGGCCUGGAGUCCCAGCUGCAGGACACUCAGGAACUGCUCCAGGAAGAGACUCGGCAGAAGCUGAACCUUAGCAGCCGUAUCCGACAGCUAGAGGAGGAGAAGGGCAACCUGCUGGAGCAACAGGAGGAAGAGGAGGAGGCCCGCAAGGCCAUGGAGAAGCAGAUUGUCAACCUCCAGGCACAGCUUGUAGAAUCCAAGAAGAAGCUGGAAGAUGACGUGGGCACGAUCGAAGGGUUAGAAGAGGUGAAAAAGAAGCUCAUGAAGGACAUGGAGCUAAUGGGCCUUCGCUUGGAGGAAAAGGGCCUGGCCUUCGAGAAGAUGGAGAAGACCAAAAACAGACUUCAGCAAGAGCUGGAUGACUUGAUUGUGGACCUCGAUCACCAGAGGCAGAUUGUCUCCAACCUGGAGAAGAAACAGAAGAAGUUUGACCAGCUUCUUGCUGAAGAAAAGACCAUCUCAGCCCGGUGCGCCGAGGAACGCGAUCGGGCCGAGGCGGACGCGCGGGAAAAGGAGACCAAAGCUUUGUCAUUAGCCAGAGCCCUGGAGGAGGCGCUGGAGGCUCGCGAUGAACUUGAGAGGAUGAACAAGCAGUUGAGAGCAGAGAUGGAAGAUCUGAUGAGCUCCAAAGAUGAUGUUGGGAAGAGCGUUCACGAGUUGGAAAAAUCGAAGCGCGCUCUGGAGCAGCAGGUGGAAGAGAUGAGAACUCAGCUGGAAGAACUGGAAGAUGAGCUGCAGGGAACGGAAGACGCAAAGCUGCGCCUGGAAGUCAAUAUGCAGGCCAUGAAGGCGCAGUUUGAGCGAGACUUGCAGGCACGGGAUGAGCAGAACGAAGAGAAGAAGCGCAUGUUGGUCAAGCAGGUGCGGGAGUUGGAGGCGGAGCUGGAAGAUGAGCGCAAACAGCGAGCUCUGGCUGUGGCUUCCAAGAAGAAACUGGAAAUGGAUUUGAAGGAUCUGGAGUCUCAAAUUGAGGCGGCCAAUAAAGGACGUGAAGACGCCAUCAAACAACUGCGUAAGCUGCAGGCGCAAAUGAAGGACUACCAGCGGGAAUUGGAAGACGCCAGGGCAUCCCGGGAUGACAUCUUCGCUCAGUCUAAGGAGAAUGAGAAGAAGCUGAAGAACCUGGAGGCCGAAAUUCUUCAACUUCAGGAGGAUCUGGCCGCCUCUGAGCGCGGGCGCCGCCACGCCGAGCAGGAGAGAGACGAACUCGCUGACGAGAUCUCAAACAGCACUUCAGGAAAGUCGGCCCUCCUAGAUGAAAAGCGGCGGUUGGAAGCCAAGAUCUCCCAGCUGGAGGAGGAGCUGGAAGAGGAACAGAGCAACAUGGAACUUCUAAACGAUCGAUUCCGCAAAACCACUCUUCAGGUGGACACGCUCAAUACCGAGCUGGCCGGAGAACGCAGUUCAGCCCAGAAGAGCGAAAACGCACGACAGCAACUGGAGCGCCAAAACAAGGAGCUGAAAGCCAAACUUCAGGAGCUGGAGGGGACGGUCAAAUCCAAGUUCAAAGCCACGAUCGCUACCCUGGAGGCGAAGAUCGGGCAGCUGGAGGAGCAGCUGGAGCAGGAGGCCAAGGAACGAGCCGCGUCUAACAAACUGGUGCGCAGGACUGAGAAGAAGCUGAAGGAGGUCUUCAUGCAGGUGGAAGACGAGCGCCGGCACGCCGACCAGUACAAAGAACAGAUGGAGAAAGCCAACACUCGCAUGAAGCAGCUGAAGAGGCAGCUGGAGGAGGCCGAAGAAGAAGCCACCCGGGCAAACGCUUCAAGGCGCAAACUGCAGCGAGAGUUGGAUGACGCAUCCGAGGCCAACGAGGGUCUGACCAGGGAAGUGACCACUCUGAAGAACCGACUAAGACGGGGUGGACCCAUGUCCUUCUCCUCAACUUCCAGCCGCUCUGGUCGCCGACCAUUGCAGAUGGAGGGCACAUCUAUCGACCUUUCAGACGACGAGACGGAGAGCAAAACCAACGAGGUCAACGAGACAUCGGCCUCCACCCCCACCGAGUGACCUCCUCUCCGGAAUUCCUCUGCCCGUCAGGAAGGGACACUAAACUGCUCACAGCGGCACUACAGACAGGAGGGGGAGGGGGGAGGAGCCUGGGAAGCCUAUAACACCCCCCCCCCCUUCUCAGGCCAACUCCACUUCGCUAAAAAAAAAUCCCGAUCCGCCGAACCAAUCUCCUGCUGAGACUGCCCCUUUUCUGCAGGACGGAGAUGGAAGCCCCGCCUCUCCUCCUCCCCAUAUCCAGAAGGCAGCCAAUGAGAGAAUGGGUUCCUCCGUGUUAUCCUACAGACUUCAUUUAUUUUCUCUUUCUAGUAUCAUGUGGACAAAAAAAAAAAAAUACAAAAAAUGGCGCACUACAUGUUCUCUGUCCUGGGGGAGGGGUGAAGGCAGGACGUGGGAUCAAAUCGUCUCUUUGCAUGUUCUAGACGCUCCUAUAACCCGUUUCAUUCUCGACGACGGAACUUUCUGUGGAUACUUUUUAUCAAAGAAUUUCUAAAACUAAACUGUGAAUCCGCCAUUUCUUUUUUCUUGGUGGCGGGAGAGAACUGUCAUUUUUUUUUUUUUUUUGGAUUUCGACCUCCCCGCAGCAGCAAUUGAUGAUUUCCAACUCAAGAUUAUCACUUUCUUGGACCCCCGUAAAUGGAAAAUCACGUGACCACAACAAAAAAGGUGCCUUAGCCACUUAGACAAUUGAGAAUAAUAAAGUACAUAUCCACUCGUCCCUAUGGAACCAAUGUGAUGACUAUUGUGCAUAUUAUAUAUCAUGUGUAACUAUGACGUCAAUCCAACAGUCAGUAUUAUCCAAACUCUUGUGCUGGAAGAAGCAUUUUUUUAUUAUUAUUAUUAUUGGCUUUGACCGUUCCGGACUCGGGGCGGAGUUUUGGUCCCCCGUCCUGAGCUGGAGACGGUUUUCAUCGUUUAUACAGGUUAUCUCUGCGCUCGUUCAAAUGUCGGUUCAUAUAUUAUGACUUUUACUUUUUUUUAUUUUAAAUGCAUAAAACAGCUGCCAGAAUCUCCCACCCCGCCCGUCCCCUUGGAGUGCCCCAUACCUCUCACUUCCGUGUAUAUCUCAUAUUUCUAGACAAUAAAUUUUGUAAGACAAUAAACGUAUUCAUUCUA